GAGCAUUAAUGAACAGCAGUACACGAAAACGAGUUGAGUCUUCAAUGAACUCAAGUCACUUCCUUUUGUCUCCGCCGCCUCUCCCUCUCCCUCUCCCUACGUUUCUUCCCUGUACUGCCCGAACCCAUUUCGCAAUAUAGACGAACACACACAAAAGCCCUCAGCUUUUCCAUCCAUGUAAAGAAUCCAGCUCUAUACAGAAUGGGUCACUACCAAAGAAACCAUCGUCUGGGGAAAAAAGGGGGCGGCGGCGGCGGCAGCUGCAGCGGGUUGGUUGACGGCGAUGAAGAUGAAGAAUCUCGUAGCAAGAGAGCAAAACCCAAUCUUUUGAUUAUCCUCUUUCUCUUCCUCUUUUCUUGCACAAUUAUUUUCUCUCUCUUGUAUUCAUUUGGAUUUGACGGUGAAGGUCAUCCUUCUGUUUGUUCCUCGGUCUCCAACGGAACUAUCUCUUGUGACAGAAGCGGUUCCCGGUCUGAUGUGUGUGUCAUGAAAGGGGAUGUAAGAACACACCCUUCUUCAUCUUCAGUUGUUCUCUACAGAAACUAUGAUCCCAAAACUCACAUAUUCCCACUCGAAAUGAUCAAGCCUUAUACUAGGAAAUGGGAAACAAGUAUCAUGGACACCAUUGAUGAACUACGUCUCGUCGUGACGAGAAAGAGUGAUGCCUCCCGCCAUCAAUGUGAUGUCCAGCACAACGCCCCGACUGUCAUAUUCUCGACGGGAGGCUACACUGGAAAUGUAUACCAUGAAUUCAAUGACGGGAUUUUGCCCUUAUACAUCACUUCUCAACAUUUCAACCGGAAGGUCGUUUUCGUCAUUCUAGAAUAUCAUAGGUGGUGGAUUUCCAAGUACAAUGACAUUCUUCCCCAUCUCUCAGACUACCGUCCAGUAGAUUUUCGAGAUAACCGGACCCACUGUUUCCCCGAAGCAAUAGUUGGGUUAAGGAUCCAUGGUGACCUCACAAUUGAUCCUUUAUUGAUGAAAGCGAACAAGAGCAUGAGUGAUUUUAGGGAGCUUCUUGACCAAGCUUAUUUGCCAAGAAUCCGUGGUCUUAUACAAGAAGAAAUGGAAAAUCACUCUCCCUCGGCAAAGGAGGAAAAAAAUCUCAACGUACCAAAACUUGUUAUAAUAGCCAGGAACGGGUCGAGAGAAAUACUUAAUGAAGACUCAUUGGUGAGAUUGGCAGAAAAAAUCGGUUUCCAAGUGGAAAUUUUGAGACCUUGUAGGACUUUAGAGCUAGCCAGGAUUUAUAGAGUUCUUAAUUCAAGUGACGUUAUGGUUGGAGUCCAUGGUGCUGCGAUGACUCAUUUCCUCUUUAUGAGGCCUGCGGGGGCUUCAGUCUUUAUCCAAAUCAUUCCAUUGGGAACAGAUUGGGCAGCAGAAACUUUCUAUGGUGCACCAGCAAAGAAGAUGGGAUUGAGGUACAUUGGCUACAAAAUUCUACCAGAUGAAAGCACUUUGUAUGAUGAAUAUGACAAGAAAGACCCUGUACUUACGGAUUCAAAUAGCAUGAAUGUGAAGGGAUGGGAAUUCACCAAAAAGAUAUACCUUGAUCGCCAAAAUGUCAGGUUGAACCUAAGAAGGUUUCAGAAGAGUCUUCUUCGUGCCUAUUAUUAUACAAUUGCAGUGAAGAAUGGACGAUCCAGAAAGGGAAAGUCAGUAACCUUUUGGGGUUUAAUUUUGGCGUACGUUCAUCUCAACUUUUUAAGUGUUCUUAACUUUGCUCUAAAGAUUUUGUGUAGUCAUCAUGGAUAUGCUACUUUUGUGUACAUCAUCCAUUCAUAGAGUUGAAAAAUCCAAAAACUCAUUAAGGUGAAUACCACUCUCAGGUUUUGAACCUGUUCACUGAGUAUCAUUUAUUUUCUCGCCUCUUCUUGGUACAGGUUGAUAGAAGUAGCAAUAGGCUCAAUAGUAUAUUGUACAUCCAAUAGUAUGUUUCUAUUUUGUGAUAAUUGCUCAUUUUUGUUGUAUUAUCGUGUUCUUCCUUUAUUUCAUUAUUAUUGUAUUUCUUUCUAUUACACAAUGAUCAUUGACAUGUAGCUAUUGUUUAUUUUCUUUUUAAGAUGCUUAUUGAUGUGUCCACAUACAUUAUAUACAACCCUUGAUAGCU